AUGUGGAGAGUGACCAGAGGCCAGGAUGUGACAUCCUUAUUGGUAAAGACUUGAGCACUAAUUCUGCUGCUGCUGCUGCUGCUGCUCUGGGAUGGACCCACAUUCCAGAACAGGAAGACAAAGAUGACUUUAGCCUACGAGAGGACCAGAAAGAUGUGUGAACACAAUUCCAAGUGUCAGAGCAUCUGCUGUACCAAUGGGCACCUCUGUGAAGAACACUCAGAAUGCCGCAGCAAGUGCUGUAUCAGGACCAGCCACAGGCCAAACAAGUUCUGCUCAGCCAAGUCCAUCUUCUUGCAGUGUGUAUCUUGGCGCAAGCAAGAAGGGGACGAAUGCCAAAGCCAUUCGGAGUGCUGGAGCCUGUGCUGCCUCCCACUGAGCGAGGACAGCACUCCCCACUGCACAAAGAGAACCGGCCUGCUGGCCUUGUGCCUGCCCCUGUGGAGGAGACAGCUGGAGCAGACUCGGGGAGAGGGGGGCACGGUUCCUGGACCAGGCACUGAGCCCUCUGGGUGUGAAGAUACGCAAUGA